AUGACCCUCCAGGCGAUCAAGUACGAUGGAACACAGCUGUCGAUCUUAGAUCAGCUACAGUUGCCGCACAACCUGGAAUACAUACAGAUCCGGUCAGCCGAAGAAGGAUGGCAUGCGAUCAAGGAGAUGAAAGUGCGAGGCGCGCCAGCCAUCGCUAUAGUAGCGGCUCUCUCACUUGCGGUAGAGCUUAAGAGUCUCAUGACGCAUGGCAAGCUAUCGACGAGCGCUGAGGAAGUACAACUUCUUAUUCGCGAGAAAUUACACUAUCUCACAACGAGCAGGCCCACAGCUGUUAACCUGAGUGAUGCAGCUCGCAAGCUUGAGGCCCAUGUAUCGACAGAGGCCAAGAAAAGCGACUCUACUGGAAACUCUGUGGCGUCAGCCUUUAUGGACGCAGCAGCAAAGAUGUUGACAGAUGAUUUAACCGAUAAUCAGAACAUUGGCAAGUAUGGCGCGGAUUGGCUCAUCCAGAACACGGCUGGAACGGGACAGCAGGAAAUAAAUGUUCUAACACACUGCAACACUGGCUCGCUUGCAACUUCUGGAUAUGGGACUGCGCUGGGUGUAAUCCGCGCACUCCAUUCCAAAAAAGUCCUUGGGCGCGCCUACUGUACCGAAACCAGACCAUACAACCAAGGAUCACGCCUAACAGCGUUCGAAUUAGUUCAUGAUAACAUCCCCUCGACGCUCAUAACAGACUCGAUGGCCGCGGCCUUACUCUCUAGCAAAGAGAGAAGAGUGUCGGCAAUUGUAGUCGGCGCGGAUAGAGUAGCCGCUAAUGGCGACACUGCAAACAAAAUCGGCACGUAUGGUCUUGCAGUCCUUGCUAGGCAUCAUGGCCUGAAAUUCCUAGUCGCAGCACCUCGCACAACAAUUGACCUGCAGACGAAAUCGGGUGAGGACAUCAUCAUUGAAGAGCGUCCUGCUGCAGAGGUGACUCGGAUCAAGGGGGCGCGAGAAGGAUACGAGGGGAAUGACUCGAUCGCAACAAUACGUGUUGCUGCGCCCGGUAUCGAUGUGUGGAAUCCUGCAUUUGACGUCACGCCCUCUGCCUUGAUCGAUGGAAUUAUAACCGAGGUCGGUGUUGUGGAGAGAGGCGCGGAUGGAUCCUUUGAUUUCGAGCGCAUUUUUCAAAACUGA